UAUCAUCUGGGAUUUUAUUACACAAAGAAAGCUAUGGUGAAGCACGCCGGAAGCUGCCGCUUGCUGAGCUACAGACUGAUCUCCAGUCUGAGGCAGAGCUUGAGUCCCAGAGGCCACCAAAACGCAAAACAAAACGAAACCGGCGCCUUUUGGAAGAUUAUGACACUGAUGACGAGGCUAUUGCACCCCAAAAAGACAAUUUGCCACAUGCCCCGCAAAUACAACCACCACCUAAAAGGAUUUGUUCAUCUACUGAGGUACAACCAAGUCCUCAAAGACAACCUCAACCCUCCAUAUGUCCUCAGAAGUCCUCGUGUCUGACACGGAUCCCAGAAACUCCAGGCCCAUCCUUGUUGGACAUAAGCCCUUCAAUUGAAAUGCAAGAGAGAAAUCUUGGGUCUUCAUUACGCCAAGCAAUAGAUAUGCCUGAACCGAUGCCUACCCUGCCUUUUCACAAUACACCGUCUUCUGCCAGAUCAUCACAGCAUAUCACAGGACAUCAAAAUGAAACCACUUUACAGUCUCCUGAUCACGCAGUGGAAUCACUGUGGCAUUAUGACUCUUUGACUCCCAGAGUCCAGACAAAGCGCCUCCCAAGCAACGAUCCAUUCCAGAGAUCAAUUCUUCAUGACAUUUUGACAAAACUUGAAAUAGUUAUGGAGCAGCAAAGACGUCUUGUAAGAAUGGUUCAAGAUCUCAAACAAAACAAUGUUGGUGAGAUCACGGAGGAUAACCACUUAACUCCAAAAUAUUUUCCAGUUGAAGAUUUAAGAUCAUUAACUUCCCUGGAAAGUGAUCUUCAAUCCGCACCGGAAACGAGACGAAAAGUGGUACUCGAACUUGGAUUGCUGGGUGGGGUGGACUUGAAGGAUACGGUUUGGAGAAUAAUGAAGCAGGCGAUUAAAAAUGACUUUGCUAAAACCAUUAACUGGAGAGGUUUAAAUGGAAAAACGCCAUUCCAAAAUUUGGAGCUUAAAAGUAUUGUCAUUGAGGCUGUAAGAAGAAAUCCAGUUUGUGCCCAAAUUACUGAGCAGGAGGUUGAACAAGUUAUUAGACGGUGGUUUUACUUUGCUGGUGAUCGUGAGGGUGGCAGAAAAAAAAGAACAUUACAAAAUUUAAAUUUUAAUAACUGAUUUUAUUGUAUUUUUAAUUCUGCGCACUUUUACUUUUGCACCUUUUUUACUUUUGCAGGUAUUUUUUACUUUUGCACGUGUGAACAAUUUUGGCUUUUACUACCUGUUUGUUGGUUUCACUUGAUUUAUGCACAUUUACUUGCUUCAAUUUGCACUUGCUUUCCUGUUUAACAUUUUAUAACUUGGAUUUUAAUUUCUUUUACACUUAUUAUUUUCUUGAUUUGCUGUUGGUUAAAUCUAUUAUUCUCAUUUUAUUUUUGAAGCUUGGUUGAUUUUUCUCUUCUGAUAUUACAUUUUUAGUUUGUCUUUUAUAACCAGCCUUUAUUUUUGGGUUCACAUGUACUUUGUCCAUUACUGCUUUGUUUAACAUUUUAACCUACUGCUUGAUUUUUAAUCUGUUAUUGUAAUUGUUGCUUUUAUUUUGUCUUCUGCUGCUAUUGUUUUUUAGUUAUAUUUUUAUUGCACAUGUAAAUAGUUUGUAUUUUUUAACCAGUUUUGUUGUUCUUUUAUUACACUGCACAUUUACUAAAUUUUUUUUUUUUUUAGGUUGAUUCACUACCUUUUUUUUUUGGUUGGUUUUUUGAUUUGUGCACUUUACAUUUUUUUACUUAUUUAACACUUGUUUUUAUUGUAUUGUGACUUGUUUUUUGUUGGUGGGUAAUGUAUUAAGAAAAUUUACACUUUUGGUUUGUUUGAUUUGCGCACUACACAAUUACUUUAUUUUUGCCUUGUUUAUUAAACACUUUGCUUUUUAUUUAUUGUAUUGUUUUUUGCUUACUGUUAUGUCAUUCUUAAUUCCUAUUGUUUUAAUUUUCUUGUAUUUGGCUGGGGUUUGUACCUCCGUGUUAAUAAAAACACUAUAUUUUCAAAACACAUGGUUUUAAUUUAUUUAAUAAUGAUUAAAUAUUAUGGUUGCAUUCAGGCUCAGUUUUAAGGAUUUGGGGAUAAUAUUGGUGUAGUUUUGGGGGGGUUCUGGAGAAGUUGGGUGAGGUUUAGUAAAGUUGUUGGCAGUUUGGCUCUUUAAUGGGUUACACUUGGGGAUU